AUGUCCCGCAAUCCACUGGACCUGCCGCUGCCUCUGGUGGUGGACAAUCUCUUGCCACUUCUUUCCAAUCGCGAUCUGGCAUCGCUCCGUUCCGUCUCGAAACAGGCAAAGGCACUAGUCGAAGACCAAGUGCUCUGGAAACGUAAGGUGCUUUCCGACUUCACCUUUCCCUCCCACGCAACCGCUCGCGUCGGUGGAUGGUACAACCUCUACACUGGACUCAGCAAUCCGCAAGUAUACGUCUGGGGUCAGACCAAUAACGGUCGUCUCGGUAUUCCCAAACUCGACCAACCCCACUCCGUCCGCUCCGACGUAGAUAGGGUCGAUCAAGGUAUACCUUACCCCAUCAAGCUCGAUACUCUCACUGCUGAGCAUGCAUACGACCCGGUUGAGCCGAGAGACGAGAACGAGGACCCUCUAGGCGCAGUCGUUGAGAUCAUAGCGGGUGGGUGGUCAUUCCAUGCUCGGACUUCAACGGGUAGAGUCUUGUAUUGGGGAACCAUGGACGGCGAGUUUCCAUAUUACGGUCCGUCCCAGUCUUUGAGGUUUCCGAGUAGAGUCGUUGUCAAACCGAGGGUAUUGACAGGCGUAUCAGCCAUCAAAUCGCUCUCGGGAGGAAGAUGUCACGCCACAGCGCUAACAAGGGACGGUCGUGUGCUAGAAUGGAAAGCCUGGGGAUCGGUUUGGGAGCACCAAGGCUUGCCACAGAGUAUCACCGCUCCUCCCAGGUCAGAAACCAACACUACACGACAGCAAGAGCCUGAUGUACCCAGUACCAACAUCAAGCAGCUCGAAGCAGGAUGGUCCUUUUCGGCCAUUCUCACCCACACUGGUCAAGUGUGGCUAUGGUACUCUGACUGGAGCGCUCUGGCUUUCAGAGACACCUACUAUCGCGAUCAUCCAGAACAGGCGGAACUUCAUGCGGACCCACCGGGCAUCGAGCACCAAAAAUGCUUCCCGAUCAACAUCGCCCCUGUCCAGCUGCCCUCCGUCGAUGCUGUGCAGGAUCAAGACGGUGACACGGAUCGAAUCGUACAGAUCGCAGCGGGCGAAGAUUUCGUCAUCGCCUUGACGGAGGCGGGAACACUGCACAGGAUGGAUCUUCACCUCCCCCAGCCUACUCCAGAAGAUAUGAGGGCGCUUGUUGGGAUGGUGGCAGACGCAGAUCCUCGUGACCAUCGAAAUUUCCUUACUAGGCAGACACAUGCAUCCCAGUUACGUUUUCUCCGAACCAGAGCUCGAUGGGAGAGGCUUUCCUCCUUCGAACGUCCCCAAUCACUACCAUCCUUCGACGCAGCCUGGGUGGGUCAAGGUUGGGUGGUGGGCAAGAUCUCCCACAUCUCUGCGCAUUUCAGAAGUUUCGUCACCUUCCACACCAUCACAUCUGCCGAAGGAGGUGAAGACACGCAAACGCUCGUCUUGUUGGGAACUGCCACUGGGUCGGAGCCACAGCUCAUACCAGAGUUGCAAGCGAGCGGCGUGAUCAAAGUGACCAUGGGCGAUUAUCACUGGGGCGCGCUAACCGAGAAAGGCGAAGUGUUGACGUGGGGUCAGUUCGCAAAGGGUGCCUUGGGCAAUUGGGAGGUCCCUUGGAGUGGUGGUCGUGAGGAGAUAGAUGAGGUGCGGGAUGUGGGGGCGGAGGGGGAUGAAGGAGAGAGAGGCUGGUUCUCGAACGUAGUAGCGCUUCCUCAGAUUUUGCGGGGCGGCUUUCAGCCGAGGAUCGGGUUUGCAGGUAGAGGCGGCCGAGCAGGACGUGCGGCUCCCAGUGCGGCAGGGGCCCGGACGCAGAGCAUGGACAAGGUGGACGUCCCGACACCCAUCAAGAUUGUCCCGCGAGGAGGGGAGGGCAAGGGCAAGCCGUUUGCGUUUGACGUGGCGUUUGCCGGCUGGCAUUCGUCCGCGCUGGUUAUGGAUGUUGAGGCGGAGGAGGGGGGGUAG